AUGCAUUUGAAGCUUUUGGUCAAACUAAAAUCUAUUCAAUGUCAUGAUUUACACAGAUCUAUGCAUAGCUUAUCGAUCGUGACACUUCAUUUAAGCCCCAGAAUGAGAUUGCCACAGGGCAUCUUAAAGUCAGCUUUUUUAAAGAAUCUAAUGGCACAGGCUCAUUUGAAAAUGAGGAACAAUGAUUUGAAUCGAUAG